UCAGUGCCCGGUGCUAGUAGUCCCACGACGGACGUGUCACCACAACCACCACAACCACCACCGCCAUGACCACCAACCAAGCACUGCUGGACGAAGCCAAGAAUACCAACCCAGCACGGGCGGAAGAGAUUUACAAGCAAAUCCUCGUCUCAUCAGCCUCGCCGUCCAGUGUCGAGAGAGAUCAGGUACUGCGAGACCAAGGAAAUGCCAUGAUCAAACUUGCAGAACUAUACCGGCAUCAGAGAAAUGCACAAGGGUUGGCAGAGGUGAUCACCCUCUCGAGAUCGUUCAUGUCGUCCACCGCGAAAGCCAAAACUGCAAAACUCAUUCGUACCCUACUCAAUUACUUCAACGACAUACCCAACAGUCGUCAGACCCAAAUUGACGUUCUACUGGAUAACAUCGACUGGUCGAAACGCGAGAAACGGAUAUUCCUCAAACACAGCUUGGAAAUCCGACUCGUCUCGCUCCAGCUGGAAGUUUCGCAAUUUAAUGCUGCUCUGACACGGAUAGAUACGCUUCUUACUGAACUCAAGAAACUGGAUGACAAGAUGAUCCUCACCGAAGUCCAUCCCCUCGAGAGUCGUGUCUAUCGCGGCAUCGGAAACUUGGUAAAAGCAAAGGCUGCCCUCACAUCAACUCGGACGGCUGCUAACUCAAUAUACUGCCCACCACAUUUACAAGCAGCUCUCGAUUUACAAUCUGAGAUUCUUCACGCAGAGGAUAGAGAUUACACCACUGCCUACUCCUACUUCUACGAAACGUUUGAGAACAUGUCGUCUCAAGAUGACCCGAGCGCACUAAAUGCAUUGAAGUAUAUGCUCCUAUGCAAAGUCAUGCUGAAUCUGCCAGAGGACGUCACCACUCUUUUAUCUGUCAAACUGGCGGUGAAAUAUGCUCAACUGCGUGAGAUCGAAUGCAUGCGUGCGAUAGCGCUUGCCCACCAAAACCGUAAUUUGGCUGAAUUCGAAAAGGUGCUAUUGCGUUUCCCCUUCGAUGUGCAACUCUUGUCGGGCCCCACGAUCCGAUCGCACCUCGCGGCGCUUUACGACCCACUUCUCGAACAGAACCUGUUGCGCAUCAUCGAACCUUAUUCGGUCGUCGAGAUCGACAGGACGUUGAAGCGAAGUGAGCUGUCCCAGAUGAUACUGGACAAGAUGUUUUAUGGCGUCCUCGAUCAAGGAAAGGGACGUCUAUUAGUUUUUGACGAGCCAGAAGUAGACGAUACGUUUGGUACUGCAAUUGAUACACUGGAGCAGGUUGGGAAGGUCGUGGGAUCGUUAUAUGCGAGGGUGAGUUCGUUUUGGUUUUGUGUAUAUAAUCGUUGA